GCAGCAGAUUUAACCAGAGUAAAGCAAAAAGGUACGGACAGUUGUCGGGUGAACGGGACAAAUUAAUCAAACGCAUUUGGCGAACAUCAAACGUUUAACCAGUGCUCGUGCCUAGUGAAAGACAAGUUUUUGCCAAACCCAAAGUGCAUCUCGAUUCCACGGCAGUGUGCGCCGCGUAGUUAAAGGAAAUUAAUUCGUAAUUGUGUUAACUCGCUAACAAUCCGAGAAGCAAUCCCUAUCUCCGGUGACGCGUUGGAACCAGAAGAAGGUGGCGAAAAGUGCACGUGUGUAAGGGAAAAGGAAGAGUAUUGCAAGUGUUUUGUGUGGAUUAUCCUGAAGAAAGUGAAAACUAAUCAACACCGUAGUAUAAACACAGCAAAUAAUCAUGGAAAAGCGCAUUUUGCUAGAGAAAAGAGGUCGCUCAGACGAUGAGAUCACAGAACUCAUCCUGGACAACUGUCGGAGUACAUACAUCGAUGGACUCACAGAUAGCUUCACCGCGCUGGAAACGCUGAGCCUCAUCAACGUGGGGUUGGUGUCGCUUAAAAAUUUCCCCAAGCUCUCCAACCUCCGAAAGCUAGAACUUUCGGACAACAGAAUAUCGAACGGUUUGAGCCAUCUCAUGGGCAGCCCGAAGCUAACACAUCUGAACCUGUCGGGCAACCGCAUCAAGGAGUUCGAUGAGCUGCAGCCGUUGAAAGAUUUGGAAAAUUUGGAAGUGUUGGACCUGUUCAACAAUCAGGUAACCCUGAUCGAAAACUAUCGCGAAAAGCUGUUCCAACUGAUUCCAUCUUUAAACUAUCUCGAUGGAUUCGAUAAAGAGUACGUAGAGGCGCCUUCUGACGAGGAAGAUAUGGCUGGCUCGACCACAGAAGAAGAGGAAGCAGACGACUCGUGCGAAGAAUCGGAUGAUGUGUCGCUAGCAUACCUGUACAACGACAACCUGGAGGAAGAUCAGGAGGAUUGGAAGAGCGUCGAGAGUGAUUACAACAAUGCGGACGAAGAGUUCGACAGCGAGGACGAAGAGGAGGAGGAAGGCGCCGACAAUGAUGCCGAAGACGGUGCCGACAGUGAUGGGGAAGGUGAAGAUGAGGACGGCGAGGAGGAAGAAGAUGGUGCGGAUGAAGAUGAUGGUGGUAAUGAGGAAGGUGGUGCCGAAGCAGCGGCAUCUUCGGCCGCAACAGAAGCCGACACAAAAGCCACAGAGUCAGCGAAAUCAUCAUCCACAGCAGAAGAAGCUGCGAGUGCCGGCGACGAAGGGGAAGCUGUCACGAAAGCAAGCGAACCUGAAGCAAGGGGUACGAAGAGAAAGUUCCAAGGUACGGACAGCGACGGUUAAGCGCAAAAGUGCAUAGUUUCAUAAACGCUUCCAAAUCAAACGUAACCCAAAACAAAACGUGGAACAACAACAACAGCACUCCUGGUUUCUUCGGCAGCGCAGUGUUCGUAAUCGCACCCAGCAGCAACAUAAGUUCCCCAUAUCUGCAAUUUUUCAUCACAUUUCCUACUGCUUUCUGGGCAGUAGUGCAAGUUAUUUUUCAUCAUUUUUCCCUCACAAUAAAACAAAAACAAACAAGAACGCGUAACAGCCCACAAACUUUAAUAAUACUUUGCAAAACAACACAAAUAUAGACAUGAAUACUUCACACAACAAUGCCCGCGGAACAUUUUAACCAAACACACACAAACUAAUUGUAACUAGAGACGAUUGAUUGAGCGGGUAGGUGGCGAAUUACAAAACUUUAAAAAAAACAAAGAAUAGAUGCAGUAAGACAACUGAGGGGGGACAUAUUUUUGUCCUGGUUGAAGGGAAUGGAGAAGGAAACGAAGAAAACGAAGUGUGAGGCGUGUGUAUACAGCGUUUCCGGUUGUUUGAGGAAACAAAGUCGUGUCACGCAUUACACGCGUAACCGAGAUAACAACAGAAACUCACUAUACGGUACAGGUUGAUGUCAAAAUUGAUGGUGAGAAAGCUAUGGUUUGUUUCAUCAAAUUAAAUAUUACCCCUGUGCGGUAUUUCUCCAGGUAAAACCUCUGAAGCAAAUAAUAUUCGGUUCGAAUGGAGUACCGAUUGUUAAAAUGUUAUGAUCAUUUCCUUCGGUCAGCAUCACCAGCUACACAUAUGUAAGGCUUUGAAUAAUUGUUUACGUGCAUUGUUUUACACACCCAAUGGCGAAAAGCAAACAACAUAACGUUCCGCGGUUACAGUGGUUUCAGACUCAAACGGAUGCUGCUGGUUGUAUAAAAGGGUUCUAACAGUUGAACAAUCGAAAGGGAAUGAUGUGCCGUGCGCAAGAACGGAGUGAUGGAAGAAAAGGUCAAGCUGCAAAAGAGAAAGAGGAGACCAUACACAAAAUAAAUGUAAUCCACAAACACACACACACACGACCUGAUAUAAAAACAAAAAAACAAAACACCUUUACUUUUAAUUUGCAAUGUAUGUUUUUCGUUUGUUUCAUAAUCAUAAGUGCGAGGGAAAGUUGUUGUAUACAGUGUUUUGUCUUUUGUAAGCAAAGAUAAUUAUCUCAGGCAAAGGCUUUCUAUAGUUUCCUGGUUUGUGGGAUCGGAAGAGAUAAAGGCGACAAGGAAAAAACGCGUGCGCAAAUGUCGCGCGGCGCACGUAUUACGUUACGUUAUCGUGUAACACGUUGUAACAUGCGCCGAUUUUUUUUAUAGCGGAAGGAUUAAACGAAGUUUCAUUUCGAUUAAGUUUAAAGGAAGAUGUGCAGUAUAAAUGCAGAUGUCAUUUUAGUACAGUACAAUGGUUUGUAUGCUUAGGACACAGAUAGAAAGUAGUGGAGCGCUCCCAUACUUUACCUCCCCCACACACUUCUUGUUACAAUAUGUAUUAAAUUCAUCAUAAAUUGCUAUGAAAGUUUUUAAAACCUGCAUUACAUUUCCGUUUGGUCAGCGCAAAAAUUUAGUGUGACUGUCUUUCCUUAGCACCUUAAAGUUGUAGGUUUUGUAAGGAUUUUUUUUAAAGAGUAAAAGCAUGUACUUUUGGUUUAAGCAAAUUGUGUACGGAGGAAGGUUCAGGGAAGACGAAAUUCUGUGUAUAAAGAAAAAGGAUGGCUCUGUUGGACCCAUGUAAAGUGAUAAGUUUAACAGUACAUCUUCUGUUUG